AUGUAUCUUAAAUUUUUUAUAGCCAAUAAAGCUUUAUUGGCUAUUAAAGAAUUUUGUUCGGAAAUAAAAAUAAAAAUUACACUUCUAAAACCUAAAGAAUGCAUUCAAACAAUACUAAAAUUAGAAACAAAUUAUCGUAAAAAAGAGCCACUUACAGUGAAAGAAGAGCCACUUACAGUGAAUGAAGAGCCACUUACAGUGAAAGAAGAGCCACUUACAGUAAAAGAAGAGCCAGUUUCAGUGAAAGAAGAGCCACUUACAGUGAAAGAAGAGCCAGUUUCAGUGAAAGAAGAGCCACUUUCAGUGAAAGAAGAGCCACUUACAGUAAAAGAAGAACCACUUACAGUGAAAGAAGAGCCAGUUUCAGUGAAAGAAGAGCCACUUACAGUGAAAGAAGAGCCAGUGUCAGUGAAAGAGGAGCCACUUUCAGUGAAAGAAGAGCCACUUUUAGUGAAAGAAGAGCCACUUUCAGUGAAAGAAGAGCCACUUACAGUAAAAGAAGAACCACUUACAGUGAAAGAAGAGCCAGUUUCAGUAAAAGAAGAGCAACUUACAGUGAAAGAAGAGCCAGUUUCAGUGAAAAAGGAGCCACUUUCAGUGAAUGAAGAGCCACUUUCAGUGAAAGAAGAGCCACUUUCAGUGAAAGAAGAGCCACUUUCAGUGAAGGAAGAGCCACUUUACAGUAAAACUUCUGGGCUUCUAAAGACUAGAUUGAGGUAUUGA